AUGGAGAAUUUCACAUCUGCUCUAGGAAGUGCUACCUUGAUCUUCACUUAUGAGGUUGAUGAUGUUACCCGAGCUGUUUUUCUGGUUAUAUCCUUUUUGUGUUUCACCUUCUUCUUCUACUUCAUCGCCAUUAUGCUGAAGGUCUUCUUCACCACUCCUCACAUGCAGGAGGACCCUCGAUAUGUCUUCUUUGUCCACAUGCUCAUCAACGACACAUUGUAUAUCGUCUUCACAAAUUUCCUUGUAGUGUCUUACAUGCAUUCUGUAUACUUCCCCAUAAUACUCUGUUUCAUCAUUAACACUUUGACUGGCUGCAUGUUUCUAGUGACCCCAUACAACCUGGCCCUCAUGUCUCUAGAACGUUACAUAGCCAUAUGUUUCCCACUGAGACGCUUGCAGUUUUGUACACCAAAGAGAGCUAAAUAUGCUAUUCUUGUGGUCUGGGUUAUAGGUUUGUCUCUAUGUCUUGUAAGCUUCAUUAUAUCGUUGAGCUUAGCAGACAGAACCUUAUAUUCUCUUUAUGUGUUGUGUGAUGAUAGUCCAAUGUUGAGUAUAAGCCCCAUAUUAGGCCAGCUUGGCAACUUUAUCAAUAUAUUCAGCUUCUCUGGGGUCGCUUUGAUCAUUGUAUUUUCCUAUAUUAAUGUCAUGCUGGUUGCCAGGAAGAUCGGAUCCGGUAGUUCUUCAGCCCUUAAAGCUGGUAAAACUAUGAUGCUCCAUGCCUUCCAACUCUUAUUAUGUAUGGUCGCCUUCAUGUCCAACCUAUCUGAUGUCUAUGUGAACAAUUACUUGUAUCUCUUAAUUGUUACAAACUACAUGUUGUUCACGUGUGUGCCCAGAUUCCUCAGUCCACUGAUCUAUGGGGUCAGAGAUGAAGCUUUUCGAAAACAUAUACGAAAAAAUUGCUCAAUAACAUGUCACAAUUGUCCACAAUCAGGUUUGGAAAAAUUAUAA